CAUUCACGGUUUGCUUUGCUUGUUCAUCUUGUGGAUGUGGUAGAGGUUUCACCCGUUUUGGAUGGUGGUAGUUCUUCUUCUUUUUCUUCUGCAGAUGGUUGCAAUGAACGUGGGCUCAUUAGACCACUGCCUCCUCUGAUUGAAUUGGGGGUAUGGGACCUUCCAUUUGGUCUAUGUGUUGAUGCAUUUUAUGAGGAAGCUCGGUGGGAAGGUGUUAUAUUUGAUCACUGCAAUGGAAUGGAAGAAAGGAGCAUAUUCUUCCCAGAUUUGGGUGAUGAACUGAAGAUUGGAAUUGAUCAAUUGAGGAUCACUCAAGAUUGGAAUGAAGCUACUGAGAAUUGGGAGCCACGAAGGAAGUGGAUGUUUCUUGAAGUGAUUGAGGAGUGUGAGCAGUUUUCCUAUAUUGCAGUUUCAUUUAAGCAAAUUUGGUAUGAUUUAAGGAAUAGUAACGAAUUUGAUAAAAUAAGGGACUGGACUUGUAAUGUGAAAGACUUGUGGAGAGACCUUGUAAGGGAGAUAGUUGGUGAUUACUUUACUCUCACGCUAGAAGAAGUUUACAAAGUCUUGGACUUUUCAGGUGCUUUCUUGAAAGAAACACCAGAGCUGGAGUCAGUUGAACAUACUGAUAUUGUUCAUUGUGAUUCUAGUCCUAGUAAUGUACUUGGUUCUAAAAUUGGAAUAUCUGAUUGCCCAAUGGAAAGUGGUGACUCUACGAACUUGCUAGAUACCGAUCAAAACGGUGGUGGCAUCGUUUUCAUUCAAGAGAAAUAUGAUACAAAUCCUUUGGUCGAUGGUGCAUCUGAGAAAGAAAUUGUGUUGGUAGAAGAACCUGAGUCUCAAAAGGAAAUUUCCUGCUAUGAUGCUGGUGAAGUAAUUUCAGAUUCUAGCUAUAAUGAAAGAAGUGAAAAACGUAGACGUCCUACGUCUAUAUAUUGGCAACCUCUGGUGCUAUCUGAAGUUGAAUUUUGUCCUGAUGUUAUUAAUCAAUAUGGAGCUGGAUGUGAGAGCAAGAUGACCAGGGAAGGUUUGAAGACAAAAGCAAGAAAACAUCUAGCAUAUCUUGGAUGGAGAAUUGAGUGGACUCAACACAAAAAUUGUCCUGGGCAAAGACGAUACAGGUACAUGUCACCAAAUAAACAGGACAAGAAGGUUUACUAUUCAAUUCCUCAAGUUUGUAGUCAUCUGAAAAAAGAGUCCAACAUGAAUUUUGUGCUGUCCCAAAAUGACCAGAGUAGGAUGCAUUCUACAGUUGACAAUAAUCUUUCAAAUCUAGAUGUUCAUCAUCCGAUCGGGGCAUCCUCUCCUGUCGAAGUUGUAGCUGAAUCACAUACUCCAGAUGGUUUACCAAUUGGGAAUACAAAUCAUAAACGCACCACGAAAUCAAAGGCCUGCCCACCAAAGCACAAGAGGAAUGGAUUACCUACAAGGGUGCAGAACGUAAAUUCCCCUUGUCUAUCACAUCAAAAUGUUUUGUCUUGGUUAAUAGAUAGCAACAUGGUAUUGCCAAGAUCUAAGGUCUACUAUCGGGGAAAAGGAGGCAAGAACACUCACGACAUUGAAGGGGGGGUAACUCUUGAUGGAAUCAAGUGUAGCUGUUGUCAGAAUGUAUAUAGACCUGGUGGCUUUGCAAUUCAUGCUAGUGGCUGUUAUGACUGCAAGCCUUGUGCUAGUAUCUUUUUGAGGGAUGAAUUGGGAUGUUGUGAUGUUGGUGGUACUAAAAUUGACUUGUUGGCAGAGAGUUACAGCAAACUCAAUGCUGCACUUUCAGUGAUGCAUGAAUGUUUCGAGCCCUUGAAGAACCCUUACUCUAACAAAGAUCUCAUGGAUGACGUUAUAUUCGGUAGAAGGUCGGAGCUUAAUAGAUCAAAUUUCCAGGGUUUCUAUGUUGUAAUUAUGGAGAGAAAUGAAGAAUUGGUUAGUGUGGCAACUGUUAGGAUAUUUGGACGAAAGGUAGCAGAAGUACCUCUCGUAGCUACCAGAUUUAUGUAUCGUGGACUUGGAAUGUGUCGUAUUUUAAUGGAUGAGCUUGAAAAGAACCUCAUGCGACUAGGAGUGGAGAGGAUAGUUUUGCCUGUUGUUCCUAAUAUGCUUGAAACAUGGACCAAAUCUUUUAAGUUCGUGAAGAUGACAAGUUUUGAGAGAUCACAGUUUUUGGAUUACGCUUUCCUAGAUUUUCCAGGAACUGUCAUGUGUCAGAAGCUGUUGACAACUCUUCCAUCCCAGAUUUGA